GAGCAAAGGAUCUCCCUUCCAUUCGAGCUUGUGAGCCAUCCGUGACUCCUACUUUACACAUAGCAACAAGCAACAGUUCCUAUUUCGAGUAUUCAUCAUCAGAUAUACCGUCCAUUAGGUAAACAGGGCCGGUUCCAUUCAGCGAUACGUGAUCGAUACGCCCUCGCAGCAAGCCAGCCGCGGCCAGCCACUGGGAGCCAAGAGCAAACUCGAGUUUUUCACGGUCAACUCCAACAUCUGCCAUGCCAGCAAAUACCGGCCUCGACUGGGUACACCUGUCUGGGAACGGCUGCAAGGACGGGCGAUUGGAAAGUGACUGAUUUGCACCCCACUUGCCCGCAUCGCGCCUUCGAUUCCAAGCCCCGAGGCUCCUCACCGUCCACUGUCCAGCCUUUUGCGCAAUUGAUACUUGACCAGACUCCCUUUUUUUCCCAGUUUGGCCGCCUUAACCACACACCUUACACCCAUCCCGCGCCGACAGUUCCAGAAGAAACACCAAACCCCGGCCCUUGCGAAUUGCGAAUUGCGACUCGACAACGGCGCUUUCCGUCUUGCGACAAAUACCCAAAGGAUCUGCCCUAGCCACGGCGGGCCACGGGCUGGACCGUUUUGUUUUCUUUUUCCUGAGGAGGCGCCAGGAAUCGAAAGGUUGGCAGUAGAAGGAAGAAAGGUCCUGGGCCGAGCCCCCACCCAAAAAAAAAAAAAAAAAAAAAAACGACGAGUAGGAAACGAGAGGGGGGUUAAUCUCAAGUCUCAGUCAGUGAAAGAGAAACAGCUGGAGAUCGAUUCGCUUCGAACGAGGACCGAGUCACUGGAGAGUCCCGCAUCCGCCGCACCGAGUUGCCCUGCUUUGAAUCCAUACUGUACGGUACGGUACCUCGAACCUAGAACCUAUCAUAACCAGGUCCAGGCUGCUGCGAGGCGGCGCCAAGGGCUCAUACAAGCAUAAGUGACGGAUAGCUGCACCUGAAUGCCUUCCUAUCACUGCGGUGCAACGUGCACGACCCAGCGCUCGAGAGCUUCCCCAGACGACAUCAGAGUGCUUUAUCCGCCCCUCCGCCUGUAGCUGCCGCUGCCGCUGCCGCGUGACCAGGACCAAGAGCCUUCCCCUCUGUCGCCAUCAACACCAAGCUUUCCUCUGGCUUGCUCCACCGCCGGCGCCUCGAUCCGGCCAGUCUUGCCUUCGUGGUACAAGGACGCCAUCUGCCAGCCGGCCCCGAGCUCAUUGGCAGGAAGCCCUCCAGAAACUGCUGCUCGUAGAAUACGAGACAGCCCGCGGUUGUUGUGUAUCAGGCCUCGUCAGCUGGCGCAGGUGCCCCCUUUUCUAUCUGGGAAGGACGAUCAGCAUCCCAUAUUACGGGAGGCCACAGGGCCAAAAAGUAGAGAGCCUGAGGGGAGAGAGUGUGUGAAAUCAGGAACGAGACGAGAGAGAGAGAGCGUCUGUUUGAUGCCACAUCCGGUCUCGCAAGUAGCCAACUAGCCUGCUCUGCUGCCGCCUCAUUGCCGCUCACCGCGCUUUAAUUAGACGGCUUGCUGGGGUUCGCCACGCACAUACCACACUCACGCAGUACCUGCUGCCCUUCCUCUCCCGUCAACUUGCCGGACAUUUCUUUUGUCAACAGGAGCGCCGUGCAGCGCCAAUCACUUUUGGGGUGGGUGAUACUGCCGUGGGGACUCCUGCAGGAGGGCUUUCAGACCCCCUGACCCCCAUCUCGGAGUACGUCCUUUCCCUGGCUGUGAGCUGCGGUCUGGCAGAGAUUGGGGUCCUGCAUUGCCGUCCCGUCCAGAUAGAGACCUGGUCAAGUAUAAGAAGCUCGAGGCACAAUGCCGGAAGACGGUGGGCCUUUCGGAUCAGAGGCAGCAGAAGCCUCGGGUGCCAUGUCUGAGACCGAGAACGAGUACGACGACCACGAACCGCAUCAUAAAGACGAAGACGACAGGAUGUCUGAACAAAACACGACUCCAGAUGGCGUCGACGCCGGCGGUGAGGUCAAGAAGAAGUAUGAUCCAAAAGACCCAUUACGUCCUCGGCGGAAAAAGGCCAGGAGAGCCUGCUAUGCCUGCCAGAGAGCCCAUCUCACAUGUGGUGAUGAAAGACCAUGUCAACGCUGUAUAAAGCGCGGAUUGCAAGAUAGCUGUCAAGAUGGGGUCAGGAAAAAGGCCAAAUAUCUCCACGACGCACCACCAGAAGCCUUGAGGCCAGUUUUGGGCCCCAACUACAACCCCAACGCGCCAAGUUCACGACACGGCGGCCAGAGGCACCACAGCGUCUCGACGGACGCAUCUACCGUCAGGACAUUUUUCUCACAUUCAAACGCUUCGCAGUAUCCUGUCUACUCAUCGACACAGAGCAUCCCGCAUGGUCUGACGGAGAGUUUACCGUUCAACAGUCAACAGUCACCUGUCUCCCCAACAUUCCAGCAGACCUCGAGCAACCCUCCUAUUAGUGGAAUGGUGGCGCCUCCAGUUUCGAGUCCAAUGACACCCUUCGGGCUACCCUUCGACCCAAGCGACCCCAACAUCUUCAACUUCAACAUCGAUGGUUUGAACUUUGGGAGUCACUACGGAGCGAUGGAGUUUGGAAUGCUGGGCCACAUGUCAUCAAGCGCUGCCGAUACCCCACCGCAAGAGUCUGGCAUGGGUCAACAGCCAGGCGAUGUGCAUUUUGGGGCCGGGUUGUUUGGGAGCCAUUUCGACAGCCGCAUGCUGCCGGAGUUUCUGGGUCUGGAUGCAGGCGCCAACGGCAUUUACUCGCAAGGGAACCUGCAACAUGGUCUCCCUCACGCCUACGCGAUACCAGCUGGCCCAACUAGUCUUCAAAGUCCCAGCACCGAGAACAACAGCCCACAACCUACCACCUUUGGCUUUGACGACCGACCAUCACCGACCAUGUCACAAUACCCCAACGCUCCCGGAGCCAAGAGCUCAUCAAACAGCCGUCCGUCAAAGCUGAGAAAGCUCGACAAGGUGGCCAUUCUGCAAAAACGCCAGCGCGACCCGUCGUACAUUUAUGACACGGUCAAGAAGUCGUUUGACUAUGUUGGCAGCUUCCACAAACUCUUUGAAGUUUUGUCCAGUCGGUUUUCCCAACCUCAUGCUGCUCGCAUAGCCAAGUCGUUAGCUGCCAUCCGACCAGCCCUCCUCGCGUCCACACGAAACUUGACGACGCAAGACCUCAUCUUUAUGGAGCAGUGCUUCCAACGAACGCUAUUCGAGUACGAAGACUUCAUGACGCAGUCUUCAAGUCCCACCCUUGCCUGUCGGCGCACGGGCGAGAUCGCGGGCGUGAACAAGGAGUUCACUGCCCUGACAGGGUGGACCAAGGACGUCCUGCUGGGGAAGGAACCAAACCGCAACACCAACCUCGGCGGGACAGGGGUGCGGACCACCCCGCGGCUCAAGAGCCUCAACGAGAGCAGCGCAGAGAACGGCGGCGCCGCGAGCGGUCCGAGACCGGUGUUUCUUGCUGAGCUGAUGGACCACGAGAGCGCGGUGGAGUUUUACGAGGAUUACUCGCAACUUGCGUUUGGGGACAGCAGAGGGAGGAUGACGAGGAAGUGCAGGUUGCUCAAGUACCGGACUGAUAAGCCGGCUGCAGGUGGCGGUGGUGGUGCGGGGGAGGAGGAGAGGAAGCCGGAUCCGAGCGCCGCGCCGCCGCAGCAGGAAAAGGACUCGAGGCAUAGUAUUUUGAGCAACAGGGUGGCGAAAAUUGAUGGGGAACAUGGGAUUUCGAAGCUGGAGAGGGAUGGGAAGCUGGAGUGCAGUUAUACUUGGACGAUUAAGAGGGAUAUGUUUGAUAUGCCGAUGUUGUUUGUUAUUAACUUUUUACCAUGUUACUACCGGAAUCAUAACCAAUUGGCGGUUUAAAGAAGAGGCGAAAGCGCAAGCGUGAAAAAAAAAAAAGGUGGGGGAAGAAGGGGGGUAAUAUGAAGACUAGUUUAUAUAUUUCUUGGGUAAGGAAAGGGAUACGUAUUGGAUGGGUAUAUUCAAAAAGCGUGACUGGGUGGAAGAAGCGGUAGGGAAGGCGGUGGGGGGAAGGUUGGCAUUUGGAUGGUGUUGCUUUUUCGUUUCUGCGUUUCGUUUCUUUUCGCUAAACGAAGUUUGGAUUCAACAAGUUUUGGAUAUGUUGAUGGUUGGGUAUAUAAAAGAGAAGAAGUGAUUUAUAUACAUUUGUUUUUCUGUCUCGUGAUCUAUACCUAUUACACAACUCGCGGAAAACUGUUCAUAAUUUUUUGGGAGAGAGAGGAAAGGGAAGGGGGGGGGG